AUGCAUGUGUCUUGCCAGUUUGGCUCCACUAACGCUGUGUUGCUUGCAGGUUCCGCGAAGGCAGAGAAGUUGGAGGGCCCAGAAGGACAGCACUGCGAAGAGGACGCGGACGGAAGCUGCCACGCCGAAGGACCCCCAGCGGCCACCCCGCAGCUCCGCAUCAGCAGCACCUUCUCCCUGGCCGGCCCGGCCGGCGAUGCGGGGCAGGCGGAGCAGGCUUGGCGGCAGACGCGCAGCAGGAAGGCGAGGCUGGACUCCAAGCUCGGGGAGUCCGGGAACAAGUCUCGGGACAAGGCGGCCCCGCGGAAGCACCGAGCAGGCAACUCCAAGGCGGGGCGACACGUGUGCCAAGUGUGCGGCAAGGACUGGCCAUCAGCGUCGCACCUGGAGAUUCAUGCGAGGAAGCACACCGGAGAGAAACCGUUCGAGUGUGAUGUGUGCGGGAAGAAGUUUUCUACGAAACAAAGUCUUGAGUGGCACAUGAGGAUCCACAACGGGGAGAAGCCGUACAAAUGCAAAGUGUGCGGGAAGAAGUUCACUCAGAAGGGUCGUCGUGAUUUGCACUGGAGGCUUCACACUGGAGAGAAGCCUUAGUGUGUACGGAGAAGUGUCAAUUGUGUGUCGUUGUAGAAUGCCCACGCGCUCAUUCAUGUGUGUUGCAAGGAUUUGAUUUGUUCGGUUUUCUGUCUUCGUGCGGUAGGAUGGACGCAAUGUGCCCGCGGUCUCUUGGAACAAUUAGGGAUAGGUUUUUUUGCGCCUCUAAAAUUAAAUCAUUUACAAUUUAACUGCUAUCUUUCUUGCCUAGUGGCUUCUCUUUUCUGUGUUACGAUGGUGUAACGGUUGUGAAACUUUCCACAUGUUGCAGUGAAAUGUUUUUUCUUCAUUCGUGAUGUUUCUUGUGACAAUAAAGGGGUUUGGUAUUG